UUCUUCCAUUCUAUCCUUUACAAACUUGAACUUCCAUUCUGUAGACAUAUUUUCAAGAUUUGGGUCUUAUUUUUGCGUCUUAUCGACUGAAUGGAAGUAACAUUUUCAUAGGCCAAAUUCUACUUGUAUAGUUAGUAAAAACGAAUUUUCCAAAAAGACAAGCUAUAGGCUUUUUCAUUUCUUGCCGCUUAGCCCUCCCUUUUCCUUUCUUGAUAUCCUCAAUUCUACCGACCAGUUUCUUUUUGUUGUCUGUUUCGAUACACUUGCACGAUUGUCAGGUCAACAGGUUCACUGAGUCGCAGAUCCAUAUAUCCUAAUUUACUCGGUCUGAUUCUCCCUUUUUAGGCAACACAGGUAUUUUUUUUUUUGUUUUUGUCUUCCGUUAACUCAACUGUGGUUAUUUUCGUUUCUCGGUUUUGGAAGUUUAAACUGUCUCAUUCGUCUCUUUUUUUUUUGGUUCAAUCUGCAAAACUCUGAUUUCUUUUUUCUUUGGUGUUCCUCCUCAAUUUUUAUUUUUUUUAUUUUAUUUUAUUUGUUCCUCAUUAAUUGCACCUUCUUUCAUUACUUUUCAACUUCCUUUUUGAUCUAUCCUCACCAUGACUUAUCCCGCUGAAGAUUUCGAUUACGAAGGCCUCCCUGAAAACUCCCCCAUGUACGCCCAUUUACUUGCCGGUGCCUUCUCUGGUAUCCUUGAACACUCUGUCAUGUAUCCCGUGGACGCCAUCAAAACUCGCAUGCAAAUGCUAAAUGGCGUUUCUCGAAGUGCAACCGGAAACGUUAUGGCCUCAGUCUACAAGAUUGGUUCCAACGAAGGUAUUUUUUCUUUAUGGAGAGGCAUUAGCAGCGUUAUAAUGGGUGCUGGUCCUUCGCAUGCCAUUUAUUUCUCUGUCCUUGAGAUGUUCAAGUCUAAAUUCAAUGCAUCUGCCGAUCGGCCGCUUAUCACGGCCUUGGCCGGUGCUUGUGCCAUUACUAUUAGUGAUGCCUUCAUGACUCCUUUUGAUGUAAUUAAGCAACGAAUGCAGCUUCCCACUACCAAUUACAAAUCUCCCCUUCAAUGUGCUUUAACACUUUUGCGUCGGGAAGGCGUGUCUGCAUUUUACAUUUCUUACCCUACCUCCAUCGCCAUGUCCAUACCUUACACCGCAAUCCAAGUUGGUACAUACGACGUCGCCAUGAGUAUUUGUAACCCAAGUGGUGUUUACAAUCCAGUUUCCCACAUCAUCUCCGGUGGUGUAAGCGGUGCUAUCGCUGCAAGCCUGACCACUCCCCUUGACGUCGUCAAGACCCUCUUACAAACCCGUGGUUCUUCUACCAUUCAACAAGUGAAAGAGUGCAAAGGUUCCCUCAAUGCCAUUCGAGUCAUCUAUAAUUUUGGUGGUGUUCCUGCUUUCUUCAAAGGUAUAAAGCCCCGUGUUAUCGUCUCCAUGCCAGCUACCGCCGUCUCCUGGGCAGCUUACGAAGCUGGUAAAGAGAUCUUUUCACAAGUAUCCAAUCCCCCCGAAGUCUAAUUUGUUUUAAUUUAUCUUUUUGUCUCUGAUUAUCUUUGAACACCAAACAAUAUGGCUCUUCUUUUUCUUCCGCUCUUUAAAAAGUUUGAGUUAAUAGCUUCUUAUUUUUUGAGCUUUUGUUGUAUAUGUAUAAAUAUGUCUAUAGAGCUAAUUCUUGGUUUUACUGCAUUGGGCCUCAAAAAAAAAAGGGUUUUCAUUCGCCGCUGCAUUGCUUUAUGCUUGCUUCUACAUUUUAUUUUUUAAUUCUUGUACUAAAAGGGUAUCUUUUGUUAGGUUAGAAAGGAUCUUUUCAAUAAAAAUACAAUCUUAUUUAUUUAAAGG